UAAGAUCUGAAUUGUGUGCUAUGUGGCUCCUAUUGGUGAUGCUGCCUCAAUGAUUCCGAGUUCCUGCGGGAGCAAUACAUUUACACAAAAGUCUUCAAAUGCUUACGAGUACUACCAGUCAUACAGUACUCCGUAGGAUCUUCCAAAGGGAUGUAAAUGGUAUGGAUAUUUCCCGACCGUAUUCGAAAUUGAUCUGGUCUGGAAGGGUUUUUAUCCGUCUGUAUCCGAUUCCGAGUAUCCAAUAUCCGUAACCGAUCCGUAUCCGAAUGCUCAAAAGUUACAUUUUUAUGAUGUCGAUAUCCAUUACAAUCUUAUCCGGCAAAAACUAACACUAUCUGUAUCCGACUCCGUAUCCGAACACAAAUAUGAAAACAAAUACGAUAUUAGUAAUAUCCGUCCUUAUCCGAUCCGUUUACAUCCGUCAAACUAGAGUUUUUUUUUCCUUUUUGGAGGGUAAUUCUAACACCAAGCAUAUAAAUCUUAAGCAUAUAAAUCUUAUGUUGCACUAAGUGGUGGUUGUUUAAGUUAUAGAAAGUUGUAUUUGUGGUUGCUAGCCUGCUAUAGUGCUAUCAAGGAUUUAGGGGUAUGCUGAAUGCCUUUUAUUUUCAACUGGUACAAUCCAUUGGUAAUUUGGUAUAGAUAGACUUGGCACACGCAUGCAAGAGGAUAUGUAUUCCAUGUAUGGUGCUUCCUAAGGCCACAAUCAAAGAAUCUCAUCAUAUGACCGUGGUCCACCAUCUAUGAUCUGCUGCUCAUAGGAUGUAUCAAGUAACAUCUAAGGUGAAGUGUGUUACACUUAACAACUUCGAGAAAUGCAGAAAUUUUCGGGAAACCAUUCUCUUAGAGUUUUCAGAAAACCGAAAUAAACAAAAGACGAACUGAAUACUGUUUCAAUUAGUGUAUAGUGAUUAUUGUUUUAAUUAGAGGUAGAUAGCAAGCAAUUACCACAUGGUGUCAUUCAUUUCUUUCACAAUACAGUGACAGCAAGGCUUCACACUCAUUAUGAUUAAUUGUAUUUCUCAUAUAAGAUCACAACAUAAGUGACAUGUUAUGUAAUACUCCAGGCCUGUACGUCACAUCUAUUUCUAGGUACAAAUAUGAUCACUUGGUUAAACUUAAACAUUCAUCAUAAUGAGUUUGCUGUUGCUGUUUUUGUAUCGAAAAACAACAGGUGGGCUAUGCAUUUGUCGUGUCUUCAGUGUGCUGUACAAAAAUAUAGCUAAUAUUGUCUGCUUAUGCAAUUGCUGAUGAGAUAUUUCAUCACCUUUUGUAUGUUGAGGUUGGUACAUUCUUGUAAUAAGGAAUUAAGGAUGUCGACAUGAGAAUUUUCCAUUGAUAAAGUGAAAGCGAUGCUGCUGUAGCGAUGUAGUGAAAACAUGCUAUAGGAUCUUUUAUGAACACAUGCAUCAUUCGGGGACGGUGGCAACUGCUUAACUUGUAUGUAGACUAUUUUUGUCCACUCGUUUCAACUUUCAUUGCCAUGAAAGUUUGAUCUACAUAGAAUACUAGAAUUUACUUUAUUGAUCUGUUCCAUCACUAGGCUUUCUGGCUGUUUCACUCCACGUCAGAUUCUCUUAUCAAGAUGUGAUGCUGAUUGGAGGGGUGAAGGGCACUUGCUGGACCAAUCAUUGAGUGAAUAUAUUUUACCACUUCUGCCACGUGGUCCAGUGAUUUGUGAGAGUCAUGGUUUGUAACUGCUGAAAGGAACUAUCGAAGUCAUUUUCUUUGUCGAACUUUUUAUGUCUGUGCAAAAGUAGGCAUCUCUUAGCACAAUUCUAAUUCUCCACCGUUGUCUUUGAUUUGACUGCUACAUUGUAUCUAUCAGACAACAUAUUCAUUCCUACAAAUGCUAGGAUAAGUCGUCAAUUUAGAUUUAACACAAGUAAACCCUUUGAUUGUAAAAGACAAACAGACAACAUCAUAUUAGACAUGAUAAUGGAUGAACCAUUUUUUGCGAUAGUUCUUUUGCUUAUUAACAUUUGUAGCAGACACUUAACCUAGAUGCAUGACUUUGUGUAAAAAUUGCCCCGCUAACCACUGAAAGAAAAUGCUGUUUUGCUUCACCAUCCAACAGCUGUCAUUUACUUCUGUCUUUCUGAUUUGAGUUUGACCCCUUGAAUUCUUGAUUGAUCCGGACAGUAGUUUAUCAAAUUCUGUGAUAUAUUCAGGUUCAUCUGUUUUUCCUCCUUGCAUUGGGAAUACUUGACUAACUUAUGAAACUUUCCAAUUUAGAUACUUCAUCGGGUUAUCCCACACACAACUAAUUACUUUAAAGGAGUUAAUAUAUUCUUCUUCUCAAAUCGAGGAAUAUAAACCUCUUUUGGUAGCUGUAACCUGGGCCUCCUCCGUUCCUUUGCAUUAUUCCAUGAAAAAACAGCUCAUAAACAUCAGAGUGUGUAUGGAGCUCAAUGCUAGAGUUGAUGAAUAAAGUAAUACUUGAGCUGUUAAUGUAAUAUAAGCACCUAUACCAACAAUGGAAAAAUGAUAGCAAUUUCCCAUCACAAGUAAUCAUAAACAUUGGUUAGGACAAAAUGGCAAUCUUCCUAGUCAUCGAUGUGCAUAGUUCAAAUAAGAGCUAUUCCGCAGGCCAUAUGUGUUAGGAAAAAUGUGCUCAACAUGCACCUCAAAGGAGCAUCAGAAAUGCCGCUGUUAAAGUCACUGUCCAAAAUGUGGAUAGACGUUGCACACCUUGUAUAUGUGUCAUGCUAAUAUUUGCUGUGCAUACUUUGAAAUGUAUUCACUUUCAUCUAUGUUGUAUGAUAGUAGCAUCCUCCUCAGCUAUAUAAGUGAACCUCAUUUCCAACUUUUUACAAGCAAAGUGAUCAACCAGUUGUGUAUGCAUUUUGUGCCUACUCUACCUUGAAGACAUUCAUUUGCCUUCCCCUCAUUUAACACUUGUAAAUGGAGUGUUAUAAUUUACAACGCCAGGCAGCAUGCUUGAAAAGGAGCCUCUUUGAUCAGGGAUACUUGGAUGAACAAUUUUAUCAGAUUGAGGACUUGCAGGAUGAAGCAAGUCCUAAUUUUACAGAAGAAGUUGUUUCCUUGUUCUUCAAGGACUCAGCCCGGCUAAUGACAAAUAUUGAGCAAGCUAUGGAGAAGAACCCCAGAGAUUUCAAUAGAUGGGAUGCACACAUGCAGCAAUUAAAAGGAAGCUGUUCUAGCAUUGGUGCUUCCAGGAUGAAGAAUGAGUGCGCAUCAUUCAGGAAUAGCUGUAGAGAUGAGAAUGCUGAAGGCUGCAUGAGGUCUUUCCAAAAGUUGAAGAGGGAGCAUGGUGUACUCAGGCAGAAGCUGGAGUCCUACUUCCAGUUGCUCCGACAAGCCGGUCCUUUCGAGACUGCAACCAGGCCUGGGGGCGCUUAAGGAACUGGCUGCUGGCGGUCAGGGCAGGCGCUCCUCCACGCGAUCGUUGCACACGAUCAGUAAAGGCGGGCCACGAAUAAGAAAUUUUCCAGAUUCCUAUGGGUGGAAUUCUCUGAGCUACUACAAGUUUGUGACCAUAUAUCCUACAAAAAUCCAGGCUCUCAAAUCUCCAGAUAAUCUUUUAACCUGGUGUUUGCUGACUAGCUAGGUUUGGCAAAUAAGAAUAACCUGUUGGCGCCCCACGGCGAUGUAGCCUGACAUACCAUCAGGUAUUCAGGUGUGCCAUGUCUGCCUCUAUGUCUCUAUUGUAAGCAGUUAAGUAUACAUGGUCAAAUAAACUCGAUGGAGUUUGCAAUUUGCAUCAUGA